UCUAUGUUUAUAUUUAUAUGGUGAACAUAACCUUAAAGUCAAAGCAACAUGAACGUAUACGAUAAUAAUAAAUAAUUUUUAGACGCAGAAACUAAUCAAUGAAGGAAUGAUGGAUAAAAUUUUAACGAAUGCACUGUACAUGAGUCGACGUUUAACAUGUAGACACUGUGCGGCAUUUCAAUUUUCAAAAACGUUAAAAGAUUGUACUGUCCGUAUGUAUACAAAUUAUAAUAAUUACAUGGUAAAGCCAUGUUUGUUUACUUCCAUCCCAAAAUUGAAUGUCAUACAAAAACGUCAAAUGUUUAUUCAAACACAAGACACACCAAAUCCCAAUAGUUUAAAGUUUUUACCUGGAGUUAAGGUGCUCGAAUCAGGUCAGACUAAAGAUUUUCCUAAUGUUUCCGAUGCCUACUGUUCACCACUUGCGAAAAUGUUAUUCCGUAUCGAAGGUGUGAAGUCUAUAUUUUUUGGGCCUGACUUUAUUACGGUAACAAAAGCAGAUGAAGACGUUGAGUGGAAAUUAUUGAAGCCAGAAGUAUUUGCAGUUAUUAUGGAUUUCUUUGCAUCUGGCUUGCCUGUGUUAAACGAUGAGCAGCCUGCCACAGAUACUCAGAUUAGCGAGGACGAUAGUGAAAUAGUUCAAAUGAUAAAGGAACUAUUAGACACACGAAUACGACCAACGGUGCAGGAAGAUGGAGGUGAUAUUGUAUUUAUGGGUUUUGAAGAAGGCAUAGUGAAACUAAAGAUGCAAGGCUCUUGCACGGGUUGUCCAAGUUCUGUAGUUACUUUAAGGAACGGAGUGCAAAAUAUGAUGCAAUUUUAUAUUCCCGAGGUUCUUGGUGUAAUACAGGUAGAAGAUGAAACUGAUCAAAUAGCUAAGAAAGAAUUUGAACAAUUUGAGACAAAAAUUAAAAAAUCUGAAACUAAUGAGAAAAAGUAGACCUGAGUAUCGUAUAGUAUAUCGUAUCGUAUGAUCUUGAUGUAAAUAAAUACACGUUUAAUCGUU